GUAGUCCAAACUCAUGGCAGUGAUAGAAGAAAAAGGCCCUGCAAAUGGGAACGAAGAUUACACUCAAGAUGGCACAGUAGACCUAAAGGGUAGACCCGUUUUGAGAACAGAGACGGGAAAAUGGAAAGCUUGUUCCUUUAUAGUUGGGUAUGAAGUGUUUGAGAGGAUGGCUUUCUACGGGAUACAAUCAAACCUAGUGAUAUAUCUAACAAGGAAGCUCCAUGAAGGCACUGUGAAAUCUUCGAACGAUGUUAGCAACUGGGUGGGUUCAGUGUGGAUGAUGCCACUGGCAGGAGCUUACAUAGCAGAUGCUUAUCUUGGCAGAUAUAAAACUUUUAUAAUUGCCUCGUGUAUUUAUGUUGUGGGAAUGUGUCUGUUGACACUGGCAGUUUCAGUACCAGCACUGAGGCCACCACAAUGUGAUGAAGGCGAGAAUUGCCCAGAGGCAUCGUCAUUGCAAUAUGGUGUUUUCUUCUUGGCCCUUUAUAUCAUUGCAGUAGGCACAGGAGGGACGAAGCCUAACAUUUCGACCAUGGGAGCAGACCAAUUUGACGAGUUUGAACCCAAAGAGAGAAGAUAUAAGCUCUCCUUCUUCAAUUGGUGGUUUUUUAGCAUUUUCUUUGGCACCCUUUUCGCCAACACUUUCUUGGUUUUCAUACAAGAACGUGUGGGUUGGACCAUUGGAUAUGGCCUUCCCACCCUUGGCCUUGCUGUUUCAGUAUUGGUGUUUCUGGGAGGAACUCCAUUUUACAGACACAAACUGCCUUCAGGUAGCCCAAUAACAAGGAUGCUUCAGGUCUAUGUUGCUGCUGUGAAAAAGUGGAAGCUACGUGUCCCAGAUGAUCCAAAAGAGCUACAUGAACUGAGCAUUGAACAGUAUGCAAGUAGUGGGAGAAACAGAAUUGAUCGGAGCUCUUCAUUGAGUUUUCUUGACAAGGCCUCUAUAAAGAAUGGUCAAACAUCAUCAUGGAGACUUUGUACUGUGACACAAGUAGAGGAAACCAAGCAAAUGACAAAACUGAUUCCUGUUUUGCUGACAACGAUUAUCCCAAGCACCUUGAUAGUUCAAGCGAGCACUCUCUUUGUCAAACAAGGCACCACUCUAGACAGGAGAAUGGGACCCCAUUUUCAUAUUCCCCCGGCAUGCCUAAAUGCAUUUGUAACUAUCGCCAUGCUGAUAACCGUUGUUCUAUAUGACCGUGUUUUUGUUCCUGUAAUUCGGCGCUACACAAAGAACCCAAGGGGGAUCACAAUGCUGCAGAGACUUGGUAUUGGGCUUGUGCUACAUUGCAUCAUAAUGGUGAUUGCAUGCUUUAUUGAAAGAAAGAGACUGAGGGUGGCAAGAGAAAACCACCUCUUUCACGCGAAAGAUACGAUUCCUCUCACUAUUUUCAUUCUACUCCCUCAGUAUGCUUUGGGAGGGGUUGCUGAUAACUUUGUGGAAGUAGCCAAGAUGGAGUUAUUCUAUGAUCAAGCACCAGAUGGCAUGAAAAGUCUCGCAACAUCAUAUUUCACAACCACCAUAGGUAUCGGAAGCUUUCUCAGCAGUUUUCUUCUGUCAACUGUUGCUGAUAUCACAAAGAGAAAUGGCCACAGAGGUUGGAUUUUGGACAAUCUAAACAUCUCCCGUUUAGAUUACUAUUAUGCAUUCAUGGCCGUACUCAGCUUCCUCAACUUGCUCUGCUUUUUGGUUGUUGCCAAGUUCUUUGUCUAUAAUGUCGAUGUAACACAAACCAAACCGAGCUUCGAGAUGAACUCUGCAUCGCCGCAGCCACAGAACAGUACUGGAGUAAACCAAAGUACCCCACAAACAGAUGGCAAAUUCUAGGGUGCUUUAGAUUUAAUCAUUCAGAUCUAUCUUCCCGUGCUCUUUCUUCACUUAGCUUGUUCUUUGAUGGUUU